UCUUGAUAGGGAUUAUCAUGGAUGCAGCAUUAGUUUAUCAAAACAUAAUAAUUUGCGUAACCAUUACAAAGUGCAGCGUUGCAGCGUGUGUGUUUAAUGACUUCCGACUGAUAACGUAAAUACCACGUGUGGAGGUUAAGGUCAAAGACGUCAUAUCUUAUCAGUAUAUAUAUAGAUAUAUAAUUCGCGCACACAAAAUCAUUAUCAUCAUGUCUUCCUCCAACGCGCUGACCACACCCUCCACCUGGGACGUUUCCAUCGUCGAGGGAUCAGGCCUGGAGAGUCUUGAAGACCUCUACAUUAUCUUGAAGGCAGUGUUCCCUCAACCUAAUGUUCAGUUUGAACGGAGGGAUGACCAAACAUACAGAGUACGGCUGCCGUAUUGUGUGAAGCUCACAUCGCUCCAGGCCAGGUUUGGGGAGUAUGCUGGGGCAGUGACAAUAAUCUCCGCUGCGGCAGACCUCACGUUGGCUCAAACCAGACGCCUGGCUGAGCUGCGCUCGAAGAUCAUCAAUAGUAAGAGAUAGUGAAAAACCAUCAAUUACUAUAGUACAAUUCAUCGUAGGGACUAGCCAAUUAUAGAAAAAUACAUUUUAUAAUUUGAAUAAGAAAUACUCCAUAUCAUUGUCAAAUAUAAAUUACUAUUCUAUUGUAAUCUGUUAACGAUGCAAAACUAUCUUGCAACGAUUAAACUCAAAUUUUGUAAACCAUGUAAUACGUGGUACAGAGAA